CGGUGCCCCCCCCCUGCACCCACCCAUAAUGGGCAUGGAGCGGGGGGCAGCGGUGUUGGGAUGGGAUGGGGGUCAUUGGGAGGAUACGGUGUGGGUGUGGGGGGCUAUGGGCUGUGAGACCCCCACACACAUCCCCAUUGCAGCCAUUGGGUGGGCUGAGGGAUGAGGGAGGGUCCCACCCGGCUCUGAAUGAGAUGGGGGACACAGGGAUGCGGCCACGGCUGCUCUCAUAGCGUGGUAUUGAGCUGCAUGGGAUGCUGAUGGGUUUAGGGCCGUAUAGGGUUUGGUCCCAUGGUAUUGGGGGGCUCUGGGGGGCAGCUGGGCAUUGGUCGUGUGCAUUAGACCCAGCACAGAGCUGCUCCCACUGCAACAAAACCACGGCUGCUCUCAUACCGUGGCAUUGAGCUGCAUGGGAUGCUGAUGGGUUUAGGGCCAUAUAGGGCUUGGCCCCGUGGUACUGGGGGACUCCAGGGGGAGCUGGCUAUUGGCCGUGUGCAAUGGACACAACCCUAAGCCCAGCCAGGUGUACAGCACAGAGCUGCCCCCACUGCAACAAAACCACCUUUGUGCUUUGCUACGAAGCAGCCUUAAAAGCACAGCCACCACUGCUCCAAACCCCGAUCAGGGCAGCGUGAUCAGGGGCUGUCCCAGCAGAUCCAAUGGGGGCUCAGAGCAUCCCUGUUGUGGGAUCUUUGCUUUGGUUGCCACCUGAUUGCAUGGGAUGCUCCCAGCGGUGCUGCUCGACUUGUGUGUUCAUUGACAGGCACCUGCUGGCUCUGGUGGUGAAUUUCAAAUGCCUGCUUCCAUCCUUCAGGCUGCUCCGCCAACCGUGUGCUGCAGUGGGAAAGGGGGAUGAUGCUUACGGGGUUCUUUUCCCCCUUGGCACACAGGCUGCGGUGCACAGGAGGCUGCUGCAGUCCAGCCCCCCCCCCCCCUUCUGCUUGCCCCCCUCUCUUGGGCUUCAUGUGAGAGAUGGCGAAUGCCGAAGUGAGCGUCCCGGUGGGUGAUGUGGUGGUUGUACCAAGUGACGGUAACGAAGGGGAGAACCCGGAGGAUACCAAAACCCAAGUGAUCCUUCAGCUCCAGCCGGUGCAGCAGGGGAUUUACCAGGAGGGCUCAGAGGCGAGUGCUGCUGUUGUGGCCGUGGAAACACACACCAUACACAAACUAGAGGAAGGGAUCGACCCCAGCACCAUUGAAACAAACGAGGAAAUUGAGAUUGCUUAUCCCAUCACCUGCGGGGAGAGCAAAGCCAUCCUGCUCUGGAAGAAGUUCGUCUGUCCAGGAAUUAAUGUCAAGUGUGUAAAGUUCAAUGACCAACUGAUCAGCCCGAAGCAUUUUGUUCACCUGGCUGGGAAGUCUACCCUAAAGGACUGGAAGAGGGCUAUCCGUCUCGGAGGAAUCAUGCUGAGGAAAAUGAUGGACUCGGGACAGAUUGACUUCUACCAGCAUGACAAGGUUUGCACCAACACGUGCCGAAGCACCAAGUUUGAUCUCCUGAUCAGCAGCGCCAGAGCACCGAUGCCGGGGCAGCAGAGCGUGGUGCAGACCCCCACCUCAGCUGAUGGGAGCAUCACCCAGAUCGCACUGUCGGAGGAAAGCAUGGAGGAGGGGAUCGAGUGGAACUCUGCUCUGACAGCUGCUGUCACCAUGGCCACUGAGGAGGGCAUGAAGAAGGACACGGAUGAGAUCUCAGAGGACACGCUGAUGUUCUGGAAGGGAAUAGCUGAUGUGGGGUUGAUGGAGGAGGUCGUGUGCAACAUCCAGAAGGAGAUAGAAGAAGUGCUGAGAGGCGUCCAGCAAAGGCUGGGGCAGUCUCCCUUCCAGAUGACAGAUGCUGCAGUUUUGAACAACGUUGCUCACACGUUUGGCCUGAUGGACACAGUCAAGAAGGUUCUGGACAACAGGAAAAACCAGACAGAGCAAGGAGAAGAGCAGUUUCUUUACACGCUUGCAGACCUGGAACGGCAGCUGGAAGAGCAGAAGAAACUCGCCAAGGACCAGAAGGCCAAGUCCCAAACCAUCCAGAACGUGGUGCUGAUGCCCGUCAGUGCUCCCAAACCCCCCAAACGACCCCGCCUGCAGCGCCCAGCCUCUGCCACCGUCCUCAGCCCCUCGACCCCCAUCCAGCAGCCUCAGUUCACGGUCAUCUCACCCAUCGCCAUCGCUCCUGUGGGCCAGCAGUUCUCAGUGGGCAACAUCCCAGUGGCGACCAUCAGCCAAGGCUCCAGCCCGGUGACUGUCCACACUUUGCCUUCAGGCUCUCAGCUCUUCCGAUACGCCACCGUGGUGUCCUCCUCUAAAACCAGCUCCUCCGACACCGUCACCCUCCACCCGUCCUCCAGCCUGGCGCUGCUGAGCUCUGCUGCCAUGCAGGAUGGAGGCGCCUUGGCCAACGUGGCAGCCGUGGUCAACCCUGUUGAACUGGUGGCCAUGGAAUCAGGCCUCACCUCCACCAUCCAGGCCGUGGAGGGCACCUCCGAUGAUGGGCAGACCAUCAUUGAGAUCGACCCGGCGCCCGACCCCGAGGCGGAUGCGGAUGAAUCAGAGGGUAAAGCUGUGAUCCUGGAGACAGAGCUGAGGACUGAGGAGAAAGUGGUGGGAGACGUGGAGGACCACCAGCACCACGUGCAUAACGUGGAGAUCGUGGUUUUGGAGGACUGAGUGGGAAAGGAGUGCAUCAGUUGGGAACCCCUUUUAUUUUGGGCUUUUUUUUUGUUGUUCAGCAUACUUUCCAGCCACCCCAUUUGUUUCCAUGGAUAUUUUCACUGUACUGUAUAUAUAUUAUAUAUAUAUUAUAUAUAUAUAGUUUUUUUUAAGAAACAAACAAACAAAAAAGCUGGAGAAACUCGUGAGACCUGGAAAAGGCUCCUGCCUCUGCAGAGCAACUGAACUAUGACUGCCUGCUUGUAGGGUCGUGGAGAGACUGGAUCUCUGCUGCAAACCCCACUGGGAGGGAUGGGACGGGGCUCUCAGUGCUGGGAGGUGCUUCUGCCCCGAUGGUUCCAUGGCAGAGAGACAAUCCAAAGUGCUGGUGGCACAGUGGGAAGGGAUGGCACAGGUACCUCAUUUGUGUUGUUAUUUUUGCCCAGGGAAGGGAUUUCUUUUGGACUCUUCACUGUCACCUCAGCUGGGAUUUUUUUUAUUAUUAUUAUAAUUAUUAUUAUUAUUAUUGUUUUUGCUUGGGGAGGGGAAGAAGACAGAGAUCCUGACUCGGCUGUGUUUUCCUCCACACACGUUGUUUUUAUAUCUCUGGGGUUUUUGUAUUUCUUUGCUCUCCCUUCCCAUGCCCACAUCUACCAGCUGCAAAGCCCCGGCCCCAUUCUAGGGCUGCACUCCUGUCCCCUCCAGCACUUCUCCCCUUCCCCUCUCCCCGCCUGGCUCAACUCGGUGCUGCAAA